AUGGCUGAGAACAAGGACGAUUUGAGUGACAAAGCCCACUUUGACCCUAACUGGAUCAGCUAUAACGGAGGAUACUUACAUUCUAAUAAUGUGCUCUUCUAUUUUGCAACAUCCCCGUUCUUCGACCAAGUGUCUGGCAACCAGUCGUUGAUUACCCAGUGGGUAGGCACACCAAAUCAGAAUGAGAUACUAGGCACAAGGGCGAGGUUUGAAGCAAAUCUCCGUCACCAGCGCGGCAUUCAGUAUGUUGUCGAGCACGAUCCCCUCGAAGAGAAAGCCACCAUCGAAGGGCCGAAUGGACCAGAGAACACCAAUGUGUGGGUCAUCCGCAAGCAGAACCGACAGAACGAGCGAGAUGACAGUGUCACCGUGCUCGGGUAUUAUUACAUUGUCAACAAUGUAAUCUACCAGGCUCCUACUGUCGCCAGCAUUCUGAACAAUCGUCUGUUGAACACAGUCUCGGCACUCAACAAGCUCUUCAACGCCCCGAUGGACAUGUCGCUCUUCUCGGUGUCUCAUGGGCACACGUACUACAAGCCUGUAAAGCCAUCGACCCGGCAGGGACCGCCAGGAGCAGGUGGCCCUCAAAGUAGGGAAGGGUCUGUGGUGCCGGAAAGUGGAGCUCCCACAGCAGAGAAAGUAGCAGUAGCCUCGCAGGCAAGCGAAGAGAGCGGCAGUGGAGCGAGGACAGCGUGGGAAGCACUUCGCAUGACUAUCGCUUACGGAAAGGAGUAUUCAGACGACAUGCCGUUGGUGGGUGAGCCAGGGAAUUUUCGGUUUUCUAAGAACAAAGACACCGCAGCCACAGCUGGCCAAACCAAACCUCAGAACCAGGCAUCAUCGUCACCCAUUGGGACACCCGGUCAUUCACGAGCUGGCUCCGUUGCAGCACCACCGCCGAGUAACGCUGCUGCAGCUCCCAGGGUAGUGAGAACGGGAGACAAAGCUACACCAACAUCUGAUGGAACAGCGAAAAUCAAGCGGAAGAAGAGUAAAGUUGAUGGGGGCAGUCCGUAA